AAAAAUAAUAAAUUGCCGAAUGUCGGAUGUCUAUAGUCCUCUAUUACUCUAUAAUAAAUCUAUAUUAAACAUUUGAGUACGAGUGUCGGAGUGUACCAGACACUACCAGUGACUAUAUAGUAAUUUUCUGUUUGUCAUGUAUUAAAGAGAUGUUUCCACCACAAAAACAUACAAUGAAGACAUCCAACAAUUUCCUAACCUUUUUGGCUGUUUGUUUAGUUUUGGCGAACAUUGCAUUCGUCCAUGGGGAUAUAUCAGAUCUACUAGACGAUAAAAUUAAAUGUAUUACUUGGUGUACUUUAAAUGUCCAAGAACAAUCGAAAUGUUUAAAUUUGUCUGCAGCUGUUAAUAGAGAUAGACAAAGAUUUAACCCAAGAGAUUUCAUGGACCUCAUUUGUAAACCGGGACUUAAUAAAGAUGACUGUAUGAUGAAGUUAGAUAACAAUGCAGCAGAUAUUUUGAGUUUAGAUGCUGGAGAAGUAUUUGUUGGUGGCCGAUAUAAUGGUUUGAUACCAUUAAUGCAACAAAUAUUUGAAGAUGGCUCUACUGAGUAUUACUCUGUUGCUUUAAUAAAAAAGAACACCUUAAAGAAUGUGUAUAACCUUGGGGAUUUGAAGGGUAAAAAGGCUUGUUUUGCUGGGGUCGGUACUCAAGCUGGAUGGAAUGUACCAAUAAAUACUCUUAUUUCUAAAGGCUAUAUGAAAAUUGUAGACUGUAAUAAUCAUGUGAAAACAACUAUAGAAUUCUUUGGUAAUAGUUGCGCUGUAAAUUCAUUACUUGCCAUGUACAACCCAAUGGGUGAUAAUUCUGCCCGUUUAUGUAUUCUCUGCGCUAGCAAAGUUUCUGGCCAAAAAUGUACAUCAAACGAUCCAUAUGCUGGUGACGAAGGAGCGUUCAGAUGUUUAAUUGAGACGGGUGAUAUCACAUUUUUACGACAUACAACUGUAUUGGAAAUGUUAAAGGAUCCAUCAUUAUUCAGAGCCUUAAGGUGUUUGGUCGAAGGUGGUGGAAAUGUAGCUUUUGUCAAACAUACCACAGUGUAUGAGAAUGUAGGUGGAAGACGCAAACAGUUGUGGGCAAGAAAUACUUUAACUAAUGAUUUUGAACUUCUGUGUCCUGAUGGUAAAUCAUCGAUUCAUGAUUAUAAGAGGUGUAGCUUGGGUAAAGUGAAAGCUAACGCUGUUAUAACUCGUGGAGGGGAAGCUUAUAAUCAUACCGAAGUGAUGUUAUUCAUCAAUCUGCUUAUGGCUGCCCAGCAGUGGUAUGGCAUGAAAACUACUAUUGACAAGUUUACUUUCAGUAUGUUCAAAUCACCAGAACCGUACAGUGAUCUUAUUUUCCAGGAUGCUACCCAGCAGCUUGCAUCCAUUGAUAGUUCACUAAGACAUUAUUCUGAGUGGUUAGGGGAAAAUUUCAUGCUGGAACGUCGUCUUGUCGACUGUCACGCACCUGGUAGUAAUCUGUAAUAAUUAGGGCUCGGAUGUUUAUAAAAUUGCAUAUUUUUUUCUAUUUAUUCAAUUUAAUGCUCACCUAGAUACAAAUUUAAUUCAUGUUCUACUGAAUAAAAAAAUACUAUUUUUACUUUGCAUAUUUUUGCAUAUUUAAUGGUUUUGUAUUUUAAUAACAUAUUUAGGAAUUUUAAAAAUAAAAAUGUAUAUUCCAGUACAUUUUUUUAAAAAAACAAUUUAAAUUUAUGAACUAUAUAUAAGUUUUAUAGGUGGUAACUACAAUCUACCACUCAUUGACGUAAAAUAUAAAUGUUUGUUAAUUUAGGGGUCGGAAGUAUGAAAUUGCAUAAUUUUUUCUAUUUAUCCAAUUUAAUGCUCACCUGGAUACAAAUUUAACUCAUGUUCUACUGAAUCAAAAAAUACUAAUUUUAAAUAUUUUUGCUUAUUUAAUGGUUUUGUAUGUUAGUAGCAGAUUUUGGGAUUUAAAAAAUAAAAAUGCAUAUUUUAGUAAAUUUUUUAAAAAUAACUUCUAGGUAAUAAAAAUUAAAAAUUAAAUAUCUAUGUUUUUUGUGCAUAUAUUGUUGUUUAUAUUGGCUAGAAAUGCAUAUUUUAUAUUUAUAGCGCAUAUUUUGAUUGCAUAUUUCGUAAUUUUUUAGUGCAUAAACGCAUGCAUAUUUCAGUAAUUUUAAGUGCAUAAACAUCUGAGCCCUAGUAAUAAUAAAUGCUCAUUAUUAGACAAGGAUCAACUUAAUGUUGGUUUUGGUGUAUCAGUAGAAUCAAGAUAUUUGUUACCUUGGACAUUUUAUAGAUAAUCUUAUCGCUACAGUAUCUGCUACAUAAAAAUUAAUUCUGUGAUGGAAACAACACGGUU